AUGAACGCAGUAUCAGGGAACUUUAGUUAUCCUCCUCAAAACAGCAACCUCAAAUUCGACUUCAGAGACAGUAUAGUGGCUUCUUGGGUGAGCGAUGAUUUUUACGCUACCCAGGGGGUUCUUACCCUAUGGUACUAUAUCACGGAUGCCCCGGCAAAUUGGACGUUGAGUGGUGUGAUAGAAGCCGUGCCGGCAAAUGGCUCGAAAAGUGUCGCUCUAGACGUUGGUACCACUUCAGAUUUUCUUGGACAAUUCAAUAUCAAUUACAACACCAACGAUGGAAUCCAGCAAAAGUACGACAGUGCGAUAUUCAACGUCGUUCACGACCUUGGGGAGAUCUCUCAAACGAUGACAUGGAACCUGCAAGCUCUUUCCACCACCUCGUCGGGCUCUCCUACCCCCUCGAAACUUCAGGCCGCAUCCACCCACGGGUCAAUGACCACCUCAACCACGCCGUCAGCUUUAACAAUAACAGGGCCAUCAAAAACAUCCUAUCCCAAUCCUCACCUAGCAGCCGCAAUUGGUCUGGGAGUUGGCAUACCAUUCGGUAUCGCAAUGAUAUGUCUCGUUGGCUUUCUGAUUUGGAAGAAGACGAACUCAGACCGCAGAAGGUCCCAAGCAGCGUCCCAGACGCCGGCUACCUUUGUGAAGGGGGAGAAGAUUAUGGGAGAGUUGGACGCCCAUCAGAGACAUCUUGAACUGUCUGUUGGCCGAAUAGAUGCGGAAUUGGAUGCUAGUCGCUCGACGCUUUAA